AUGGGCGUAAAUCUCACAUGGAGCAAAUUGAUAGGUUUCCUGUUUUCACCAGGUGACUUCUCGACCGUGCUGAAGAAAGUUCGUCUACCAAUGGUCGACAAUGAGAAAUGCCAGUCCAUGCUACGGAAAACGCGACUGGGUCGAUUCUUCAGGCUGCACAGGAGCUUCGUUUGCGCAGGAGGAGAGGAGGGCAUCGAUUCAUGUCAGGGUGACGGUGGCGGUCCGCUCGCCUGCCCGGUCGACGGCGCGUACGUGCUGGCCGGCGUCACAGCCUGGGGCAUCGGCUGCGGCGUCAAGGACGUGCCCGGCGUGUACGCCAGCACCGAGGCGGCGCUCGACUUCAUCAGGGAGGCUGUCGGCGCCGGCGGGCGGUGAGACCGGCCGCCGGUGUCCGUUCGGCCGCGGCGCGACCCGCGGCUGGGUGGGGCUCGCGCCCUCUGCAGUGCGCUGAUUACUGUGUCUGCGAGUCUUCAGCCGUCGGUACCGAGGCAGUGACACCGGGCCUUGGCGAGCGGACCGAAAUUGCAUCAGAAACAGCUUGUCCAUAAUGAAGCGGAUGGCGACGGCGGUUAUCAGAGGUUCGGAGCACACGUCAGGCGCUGUCGGCAAUGGGCCACAGGACAACGCGUCGAGCAUACAAAAUACAGAGCAUUUUUGCGUAGUUUCCAUAAAUAUGUAGUUUUCCAAGUUCAUGCAGGUCGGGUCCAGUAUUUCGUAGGUUUAUCUCACCAUGCCUGUCGGAGGUAGAGGAGAAUGAAAGCGCGACCAUUGGGCAUACACCGUGUGUAUAUUAGAAGAUAUGAUGCAUCUAAAAUGCGCUAUCCCGGCCAACGACUAUGUGCUGUGCCUACGUUUUUGCUAUUUCAAGUUGCGCUGCACAUUCUUUGCAUUUGUGAGUGCUUUCGAACAAUUUGUCUUUGCUUUUCGUGCAAGCUCUGAAGACGAAGCAUGCAGAAAGUGUCGUGUGUUGUUUUCUCUCCACAUUCCGGCUGGUAAGGACAGCAGUGCGCAGCCACUUUGCAGGUAUAUAAUAUUGUUCAUCUGACAGACACUGGCAUGUGAACCUAUCACGUAAUCGAACCCCGGAGUUUUGGAACUGGUGCCCAGAUCGUUCCCUGAUGAAAUUCGCAUUUUCAGAGUCGGUUAGGUGAACAAUGUCAUCUGCCUACAAAGCGGUUGCACAACACGGUAUUUUACAUUCGUAGCAUGGAUUGGAAACAACACACGAUGUUAACUUCCCGGCCAUAAAUCCAAAGCUUUAUGUUAGAGGAGAGCUGUCUCUCUUGCACGAAUACUGGUGUACAAUAGCCGGCGUAGGCAAGUUGGGACCUAUAUAACGGUUGUACGUGAUGGUAGACGAUGUGUUAGUAUUACGCACGGGACAAGCGUUCUGUCGCCCCUAUCUGGAUUGGUCGCAUCCGCACAAUACUUCUGCCAGCUAGCUGUCGAUUGGUAUUAUUGAGUCCUGAGAACGGCUGGAUGGU